CGCGCGGCACGCCCUUUAGGAAGCAAGCACCAUCGUUCUUUGCUCGUUUUGCGUGUUUUUGUGCUCGACGACGACGGUACGCACGUUUCAGGUCGAGUGGAAUCGAUUUUGCGGCGCUAAAUUUUCCACAUUCCCGGCGGAAAGCUAUCCGAAAACCACAUCAUGAAUCUAUCACCAGACGCCAAGGACCGCCUGGGAGUGGUUAUCGAGGUCGUCAAAACCGCUUUCCAUUGGGGUUUCAUUCCGACCGUGUUGUAUCUAGGUUUCCGGAAAGGAUCCGAAGCUGGAAUGCCACCCCUGAGCGUAAUGAGUUUGCUGUGGCAGUAAAUUUAUCCAUGUUAAUAGAAUAAAAGAAAUCAAAAAUCUAA